GCGCUUGUAGAGCCUGGGGGGGAAAAAUUUGCAAGUGCAAGUGAGUACCUUGCGUGUUUUGACGUCUGAAAACCUGACUCCAGAGAAUCAUUGAAUCCUACGUUGCAAGUUUCAGUGUUUAAUGAAGUUUAGGGGAUGCGUAUUACUUGUGUUUGUAAAAUCUUUGCAACGCGCACCCCAAGUUGGUCGCCCCAGUACCGAAAGCAAGGCCGAGCGGGGGUGGGGAGGGUCUCCAGUCCCAGGCGCUGCUGCACUCGGGGCUUCUGCCCAGUUUCCUGCCUCGGAGUUGUCGUGUCCGCCCCAGCUCGGAGCAGUUUGUGCAAUUUAGAAACCCGAUAGGAGGCAGCAGCUGAUCUCCCACCACCCUAAAAAUAAUCCGCUCCGGCGCCCUGCUUGCUUCGGCUAGGGGAGGAAAACUGCCUUCGGAGUAAGAGUUCUGCGUCUGGGUUUGAAACUGACAAUUAAGACAGUGUAGGAAGCUGGUGUUUUGAAGGUAGUGCAAGUGCACGAGUAGGGGGUUGAAGCAUCAAGCGACCGCCCAAGGGAAAAAUACUGUUCGUGACCAUUGCUAAAUCAUUUCUCAAUGAAAGGGAAGAGAGAAAAGAGUAAGUGAUACAAGAAGAAAUGAGCCUUUCAUUCUGUGGUAACAACAUUUCUUCAUAUAAUAUCUAUGAUGGUGUGUUACAAAACCCCUGCUUUGUGGAUGCCCUCAACCUGGUCCCUCAUGUCUUCCUGUUGUUCAUCACUUUUCCAAUAUUGUUUAUUGGGUGGGGAAGUCAAAGCUCAAAAGUACAAAUUCAUCAUAACACAUGGCUUCAUUUUCCUGGACAUAACCUGAGAUGGAUUCUUACAUUUGCUCUUCUCUUUGUGCAUGUUUGUGAAAUAGCAGAAGGCAUUGUUUCUGACUCGCGGCGGGAGUCGCGACAUCUCCACCUCUUCAUGCCGGCUGUGAUGGGAUUUGUCGCCACUACAACAUCAAUAGUAUAUUAUCAUAACAUUGAAACAUCAAAUUUUCCUAAAUUACUCUUAGCCCUAUUCCUGUAUUGGGUGAUGGCCUUUAUUACAAAAACCAUAAAAUUGGUCAAGUACUGGCAGUCCGGUUGGGGAGUAUCAGACUUGCGUUUCUGCAUCACUGGCAUGAUGGUCAUCUUGAAUGGACUCCUCAUGGCUGUGGAGAUCAAUGUAAUUCGGAUCAGAAGGUAUGUAUUCUUCAUGAAUCCUCAGAAAGUAAAGCCUCCUGAAGACCUCCAGGAUCUGGGUGUGAGAUUUCUUCAACCAUUCGUGAAUUUAUUGUCAAAAGCAACAUACUGGUGGAUGAACACACUUAUCAUAUCCGCUCAUAAAAAGCCUAUUGAUCUGAAAGCAAUUGGAAAACUACCAAUAGCAAUGAGGGCGGUAACAAAUUAUGUUUGCCUGAAAGAUGCAUAUGAAGAACAAAAGAAAAAAGUAGCAGAUCAUCCAAACCGGACUCCAUCUAUAUGGCUAGCAAUGUACAGAGCUUUUGGACGACCAAUUCUACUUAGUAGCACAUUCCGUUAUCUUGCAGACUUACUGGGUUUUGCUGGACCUCUCUGUAUUUCUGGAAUAGUUCAACGUGUGAAUGAAACCCAGAAUGGGACAAAUAACACAACAGGAAUUUCAGAAACCCUUUCAUCAAAGGAAUUUCUUGAAAAUGCUUAUGUACUAGCAGUUCUUCUUUUCUUGGCCCUUAUCCUGCAAAGGACAUUUUUGCAAGCUUCCUACUAUGUAACCAUAGAGACUGGCAUUAACCUCCGUGGAGCUCUGCUGGCCAUGAUAUACAAUAAAAUCCUUAGGCUAUCUACAUCUAAUUUAUCCAUGGGUGAGAUGACCCUGGGACAGAUCAAUAACUUGGUUGCCAUUGAAACCAAUCAACUCAUGUGGUUCUUGUUCCUGUGUCCCAAUCUAUGGGCAAUGCCCGUUCAGAUCAUAAUGGGAGUGAUUCUGCUCUAUAAUUUACUUGGAUCAAGCGCAUUGGUUGGUGCAGCCGUCAUUGUACUCCUUGCGCCAAUUCAGUACUUCAUCGCUACAAAGUUGGCAGAGGCUCAGAAAAGCACUCUGGAUUAUUCUACUGAGAGACUGAAGAAAACAAAUGAAAUAUUGAAAGGCAUCAAACUUCUGAAGUUAUAUGCCUGGGAGCACAUCUUUUGCAAAAGUGUAGAAGAAACAAGAAUGAAAGAACUAUCCAGUCUCAAAACCUUUGCACUUUAUACAUCACUCUCCAUCUUCAUGAACGCAGCAAUUCCCAUAGCAGCUGUUCUUGCUACAUUCGUGACCCAUGCGUAUGCUAGUGGGAACAAUCUAAAACCUGCAGAGGCCUUUGCUUCCCUGUCUCUCUUUCAUAUCCUGGUCACCCCGCUGUUCCUGCUCUCCACAGUGGUCAGAUUUGCAGUCAAAGCCAUCAUAAGUGUUCAAAAGCUGAAUGAGUUUCUCUUGAGUGAUGAGAUUGGUGAGGAUAGCUGGCGAACUGGUGAAGGUUCUCUUCCUUUUGAGUCCUGUAAGAAACACACUGGAGUGCAGCCGAAAACUAUAAACAGGAAGCAGCCUGGAAGAUAUCACCUGGACAGCUGUGAGCAAUCCACCCAGCGUCUACGUCCUGUAGAGACCGAAGAUAUUGCAAUAAAGGUCACAAAUGGUUACUUUUCAUGGGGCAGUGGUUUAGCUACAUUAUCAAAUAUAGAUAUUCGAAUUCCAACAGGUCAGUUGACCAUGAUUGUGGGCCAAGUGGGAUGUGGGAAGUCUUCUCUUCUUCUUGCUAUUCUUGGUGAGAUGCAGGCACUGGAAGGCAAAGUUCACUGGAGCAAUGUAAAUGAAUCUGAACCUUCUUUUGAAGCAACCAGAAGUAGGAACAGGUAUUCUGUGGCUUAUGCAGCUCAAAAGCCUUGGCUAUUAAAUGCUACAGUAGAAGAAAAUAUUACCUUUGGAAGUCCUUUCAACAAACAGAGGUACAAAGCUGUUACAGAUGCCUGUUCUCUUCAGCCAGAUAUUGACUUACUACCUUUUGGAGACCAAACUGAAAUUGGAGAGAGGGGCAUCAACCUGAGUGGGGGUCAGAGGCAAAGAAUCUGUGUGGCACGAGCUCUCUAUCAAAAUACGAACAUUGUCUUUUUGGAUGAUCCAUUCUCUGCCCUGGACAUUCACUUGAGUGAUCACCUAAUGCAGGAAGGGAUUUUGAAAUUUCUCCAGGAUGACAAAAGGACACUUGUUCUUGUGACUCACAAAUUACAGUAUCUAACACAUGCUGACUGGAUCAUAGCCAUGAAAGAUGGAAGUGUAUUAAGAGAAGGGACUUUGAAGGACAUUCAAACCAAAGAUGUUGAGCUUUAUGAACACUGGAAAACACUUAUGAAUCGGCAAGAUCAAGAAUUAGAAAAGGAUAUGGAAGCUGACCAAACAACUUUGGAGAGGAAAACCCUGCGAAGAGCCAUGUAUUCGAGAGAGGCCAAAGCCCAAAUGGAGGAUGAAGAUGAAGAGGAAGAAGAGGAGGAAGAUGAGGAUGAUAAUAUGUCCACUGUAAUGAGGCUCAGGACUAAAAUGCCAUGGAAAACCUGCUGGCGGUACCUUACUUCUGGAGGAUUCUUCUUGCUCUUCCUGAUGAUUUUCUCUAAGCUUUUGAAACAUUCAGUCAUUGUGGCCAUAGACUACUGGCUAGCCACAUGGACUUCAGAGUACAGUAUAAGCAAUUCUGGAAAAGCUGAUCAGACCUACUAUGUGGCUGGAUUUAGCAUACUUUGUGGAGCAGGUAUUUUUCUCUGCCUUGUUACAUCUCUCACUGUAGAAUGGAUGGGUCUCACAGCUGCCAAAAACCUUCACCACAACCUCCUCAAUAAGAUAAUUCUUGGACCAAUAAGAUUCUUUGAUACCACCCCCCUGGGACUGAUUCUCAAUCGCUUCUCAGCUGAUACAAAUAUCAUUGAUCAGCACAUCCCUCCAACUUUGGAAUCUCUAACUCGCUCAACACUGCUCUGCCUGUCCGCCAUUGGCAUGAUUUCUUAUGCCACCCCUGUGUUCCUGGUUGCUCUUGUGCCUCUCGGGGUCGCCUUUUAUUUUAUCCAGAAAUACUUUCGAGUGGCUUCUAAGGAUCUCCAGGAACUUGAUGAUAGUACCCAGCUCCCUCUGCUUUGCCACUUCUCAGAAACAGCUGAAGGACUCACCACCAUUCGGGCAUUUAGGCAUGAAACCAGAUUUAAGCAACGUAUGCUGGAGCUGACGGACACAAACAACAUUGCCUACUUAUUUCUCUCAGCAGCCAACAGAUGGCUGGAGGUCAGAACGGAUUAUCUGGGAGCUUGCAUUGUCCUCACUGCGUCUAUUGCAUCCAUCAGCGGCUCUUCCAAUUCUGGAUUGGUGGGUUUGGGUCUUCUAUAUGCACUUACGAUAACCAAUUAUUUGAACUGGGUUGUGAGGAACUUGGCUGACCUGGAGGUCCAGAUGGGGGCAGUGAAGAAAGUGAACAGUUUCUUGACUAUGGAAUCUGAGAACUAUGAAGGCACUAUGGACCCUUCUCAAGUUCCAGAACAUUGGCCACAGGAAGGAGAGAUCAAGAUUCAUGACCUAUGUGUCAGAUAUGAAAAUAAUCUGAAACCUGUUCUUAAGCAUGUCAAGGCGUACAUCAAACCAGGGCAAAAGGUGGGCAUAUGUGGUCGCACUGGUAGCGGGAAAUCAUCAUUAUCACUGGCUUUCUUCAGAAUGGUGGAUAUAUUUGAUGGAAAGAUUGUCAUUGAUGGGAUAGACAUUUCAAAACUACCACUGCACACACUACGUUCUAGACUUUCAAUCAUUUUGCAGGAUCCAAUACUAUUCAGUGGUUCUAUUAGAUUUAAUUUAGAUCCAGAGUGUAAAUGCACAGACGACAGACUCUGGGAAGCUCUAGAAAUUGCUCAGCUGAAGAAUAUGGUCAAAUCCCUACCAGGAGGUCUAGAUGCAGUUGUCACUGAAGGUGGGGAGAACUUCAGUGUUGGACAGAGACAGCUGUUCUGCCUUGCUAGGGCCUUUGUCCGCAAGAGCAGCAUUCUCAUCAUGGACGAAGCCACGGCUUCCAUUGACAUGGCCACGGAAAACAUUUUGCAGAAAGUGGUAAUGACGGCUUUUGCAGACCGCACCGUUGUUACAAUAGCUCAUCGGGUUCACACUAUUCUGACGGCAGACCUGGUUAUUGUGAUGAAGCGAGGAAAUAUUUUAGAAUAUGACACUCCAGAAAGCCUCUUGGCUAGGGAAGAUGGAGUUUUUGCUUCUUUUGUCCGUGCAGACAUGUGAAGGGAUGUCUUAAACUGAUACAUGAAUUUAAAAUAAUGCAGUCAUAACCUACUUAGUGGAUCAUCAGCUUGACCUUCAAAAAGUGGCAUCUUAAAUUUUUACACUUUUGUAAAGCAUAUUUGUUGUGUUUGGGACUUUGUAAUUAGUUACAGUGUCACUUUACCAAUGAAUAUUGUAUUUCCUAUGUUGAUAUUUCUUUUUUGUUUGUUUUCCAAGAUCUUACUGCUUAAUAUGUUCAUUACUGAUGACUGUCUAAUGAUUAAGCCACUUUACCGUUAAGAAUAGCAGGCUGGGGCGCCUGGGUGGCUCAGUUGGUUAAGAAUAGCAGGCUGUAUGAAAACAUGUAAGCUACUUUAACUGGUAAGUCAACAGCUAUAAUUUCUCAUAAUUUUAAGGCUGGUAAAUACCUCUCAGGCAUAGAAGUCACCAUGAGUAUUCAGUAUGGUUAUACUCUUAUUUGGAAGAAUAUGUUUUCCGUUUUGUUGGUGUCCCCAGAUGUUACUGGAAGAGAAAUAAGAGGACAGGUUUUCUAAUCAGUGAGAAAAGAAAACACUCAAAUCCAUUAUCUACCGGAUGAAAAUAUUCUCUGUGUUCAUUACCAUUAGUAGCAAUACUGAUGCUUCCAUUAACAGUCUCUUUUCCUCAUCUAAAUUGUUUCCUGCUACCAAGAAGUCAUUUAUGGUAGCUUUGGAAAGCCAAAGCCUUAAUCAGAGAGAUCAUGGGAAAAGUUUGGAUAUUUGAAAAAUUAUACUCAAGGUUCCAUUUUUCCCUGUUCAGUCAGGAGAGAGUUCCUAAGGUAUCAGGAAUAAUGUGCUUUUUCCAGACUAAAGUUCAAAGAGUAAAUAUAUUCAGUCCUUCCAUGGCAGGCCAGCUAAAACUCUCUAUGGUUUAAUUCACCACUAAAUGUGGUUAUGAUCCUGAGCCCUAAAAUUCCACAUUUUCAAGAUUCAGGAGCAUAGGCAAGUGGCCUCGUUUGCCUAUAUAAGUAUAUAUGAAACAAGUGUCUUUCAAGGUGGAAGAGUAUAUUUCUUUUUGACAUUUCUGCCCAGUGGUGUCACAUGUAUAUCCAUUUGGUACUGCUCUAAUUUUAAUGCACAUGUAAAAAAGUGAAUCAAAGUGUUAUUCUAAUUUUAAUGUACAUGUUAAGAGUGCAUCAAAUAUGGAUUGAAUAUUAGUGUUAUGUUUUGUUUAAAUAUAAAUUAAUAAAUUUUAAAAUACUAAAAGUUACCUGCAUUGUCAUACUAAGCAGCCAAAGCUUUCUACUAUAAUUCUCUGCCCAUCUAGUAUAAAUAUCAUGGGUUUUCAUAUGAAGACCGCGUGCAUUGUUAGAUUUUGAAGAAUUAUGAUUGAUAGAAAAAGAGAAUUUGUGCCCCCUCUCUGUAGUUUUUAUGUUCAGUUUAUUGUAUUGUGUACUCACUCUUGGGAAAUCUGUAAUACUAGUUUAUCUGGCAUAUAUGACUGGGCCUUCACCUAAAUAUAGAGUCCUGAUGUUUACCUAAGAUAAGUUCUAUAAGGAUGGACAGAUGUGUUCUGUGUCAUUUAGCUUGAAUUGUCACCCUUUGUUGUAUAUCUAAAACCUCAUUGAGAAAAAUCCUCUUAAUGUUUCCUGAAAGCUAAACAAAACAAUCAAUAACUAUUAAAUCAAUCUUGAAAAUAUUUUCUAAAAAUUCUACCAAUCUCCUCAAAGUAUUUCUGGCAUGGAAAUGUUUUGUAAGGUUGCAUUUGCAUGGUGCUGGUUAUCAACUUACUCCUCAUUCUCACAGAGAAAUGGGGAUUUACCCGUAACAGUAACCCCUCAUGAUAUUUGUAAAUAUAUAUGUCAACAGCAGCAUAGCUGAUGACCCUAAACUGAGAAUCACAUUUCUCAUUCUGACACCCAAGUGGUCACUAGUUCUGUCAUAACUUUUAGUCACUUGAGUGUUUAAUAGUUUACAAAACUGAACUGACUGAAUAAAGUCAGGAAUGACUUUUUAAAUUGUUUAAUCAUCUAUUAUGCUAUAUGUAUGAUCUAUUGAAUAUAGAAAUGACUCAUCCUGAAAUAAUUUUUUAGUAAAUAGGUACGUAUCUAUAAAAGAUGAGCCUUAGCCAAAUCAAAUUUUACACCCACCAAUUUUACACUUAAUUAACCAAAAUCCAUUUUAUAGAUUUUAAUUCCUUAAUAUUUGUUAAAAGCCAUAAAUGCAUAAAGAUUUAUAUGAAAAAAACCUUUAUAUGAAAAUGAUUUUAUUUUUCAUAUAAGGUUAUAUAAGGUUUCAUAUAAGGUUACUGAUAUCACUUCGAGGUUUUUAAAAAAUUUCUCUUGAAGGACUGAGCAUCCUCUAUUCUUGUGCUACUACUCGUGAUCCAUUUAAAAGUCAGCUUAGCUCUAGAUUAGAUACCAGAAGACUGGUAUUUGAGAUCCCAUAACUGAUAUUUGAGAUCUGGGACCAUGUCUGUUUAUUCUUUAUGUCCUUUACAUUUAAUACAAGUGUCUAGCCCACAGUAGGCCCUAAUAAGUAUAGUUGAUUGACCCAUUGAUUAGUCUCACCACUAGCCAUGGGCCUAAAACUCUGGGUUAUUCUCUGCACUUUUGUGUUGUGUUGAUUCUACUGUGAAAAUAUACUGCCUUGGUAUUAUAUAAUAAAUUACUCUUUCUCUUUGCUUGAUUAAA